GAGAUUUUGCAACUGUGAAGGUAAAUAACGGAAGAAUGAGAGAAGACGAAGCGAGAAAAUACUUUCAGCAACUGAUUAAUGCCGUUGAUUAUUGCCAUAGUAGAGGAGUCUUCCACAGAGAUCUCAAGCCAGAAAACUUACUGCUCGAUGCUGCCGGAAACCUUAAAGUUUCCGAUUUCGGAUUAAGUGCUCUGUCCCAACAAGUCAGGGAUGACGGAUUGUUGCAUACGACCUGCGGAACUCCGAAUUAUGUUGCUCCAGAGGUACUCAACGAUCGAGGCUACGACGGAGCAAUUGCUGACUUGUGGUCAUGUGGAGUUAUACUCUUUGUGUUGCUUGCAGGUUACUUGCCUUUUGACGAUUCUAACCUUAUGAAUCUUUAUAAAAAAAUAUCUUCUGCUGAGUUCACUUGCCCGCCUUGGCUUUCGUUCGGUGCAAUGAAGUUGAUUACUCGAAUCCUCGAUCCAAAUCCGAACAAACGCAUCACAAUCGCUGAAAUGUUGGAGGACGAGUGGUUUAAGAAGGAUUACAAACCAGCGGUCUUUGACGAGAACGAAGACACAAACUUGGAUGAUGUGGAAGCUGUAUUCAAGGAUUAUGAGGAAUAUCAUGUAACGGAGAAAAGGGAGGAGAAGCCAGCUGCAAUGAAUGCCUUUGAGUUAAUUUCUAUGUCGAAAGGUCUCAAUCUUGGCAAUCUUUUCGAUGCACAACAGGGAUUCAAGAGAGAAACGAGGUUCACAUCUAAAUCAUCGGCCAACGAAAUAAUCAGUAAAAUCGCAGCAGCUGCAAAACCUCUCGGUUUUGAUGUUCAGAAAAAGAAUUACAAAAUGAGGCUGGAAAAUUCGAAAGCUGGACGAAAAGGCAACCUUAAUGUUGCAACAGAGGUUUUUCAAGUUGCCCCGUCGUUACACAUGGUUGAAGUUAGGAAGCAAAAGGGAGAUACAUUGGAGUUCCACAAGUUCUAUAAAAGCCUUUCGACCUGCCUCGAGGAUGUAGUUUGGAAAACCGAAGAGGACAUGCAACAGACAAAGUAGAUGUAAUGAAGAGCAGUAGGAACACUUUCUGCUUGUAAUUGUAUAAUUAUCGUAUUUUUUUUCUUUUCGAUUUUUCAUUGGCUAGUGCAAUUAUACGGUUGAGUUUUCGUAAGAUUACAUAAUAUUAUCU